AGGGUGGUUUUGGACCUGUUUACAAGGGAGAACUAAUGAAUGGACUGUUUGUCGCUGUGAAACGUCUCUCCAAAAGGUCUGGACAAGGACUAGAAGAAUUCAGAAAUGAGACAGAAGUGAUUGCCAAACUACAGCACAGAAACCUUGUUAGGAUCUUAGGAUGCUGUGUUGAGAACAAUGAGAUGAUUUUAGUCUAUGAAUACAUGCCCAAUAACAGCCUCGACUUCUUUAUCUUUGCCUACAAGUGGGGGUUGUUGGAGUGGGCCAAACGCGUUCAAAUCAUUGAGGGCAUCGCUCAAGGGCUUCUGUAUCUCCACCAUUACUCCCGGCUGAGAAUAGUUCAUAGGGAUCUGAAAGCUAGUAAUAUUCUACUAGAUGCAGAGAUGAACCCCAAAAUCUCUGAUUUUGGCAUGGCGAGAAUCUGAGGAAACAACAUGCAAGCAAAUACUGAAAGGAUUGUCGGAACAUAUGGUUAUAUGUCUCCAGAAUAUGCAAUGGAAGGACUAUUCUCAGUGAAGUCUGAUGUGUUUGCAUUCGGAAUAUUGAUGCUGGAGAUUAUUAGCGGAAAGAAGAACACUGGUUUUUAUGGUUCUGAGUAUCUUAGUCUCCUUGGAUAUACGUGGAAUGCAUGGAUACAUGGAAGAGCAGUGGAGGUGGUUGAUCCAUCGUUGGAAAGGCCUGCUUCAUCUUCAGCUGUAUUAAGAUACAUAAAGAUCGGUCUACUGUGCGUUCAAGAAAAUCCAGCUGAUCGACCUUUGAUGUCAGAUGUGGUUGGCAUGCUAAGUAGUGAAGACGCGGAAAUGCCAUCACCCCUGAAUCCUGCUUUCACUGUUACGAGAAGCUCAAACAAAGUUCAAAUCUGCUCAGCGAAUGGUUUGACUCUCUCUCAUGUUGAAGCGCGUUGAAGUUUUCUUUCGUUGCAUAUGAUGAUUGAUUGUAAACCCCAAACUGCUCUUAUGGUUAUAAUAAGAGUUGAAAUAUUCAA